AUGUCCCCCUGGUUCACCUGGCUGACACAGGCCAUUCCCCUGCUACUGCCCUGGCUGGUCAGGGUUGGGGUAGGGAUGGCUCAGGCAACUGUGUGUUCACGGCGGGACCAUUCGGUCGGUCUGGAUGACCUUGGUCUAUCCCAGGAAGGUGAUGUGGUGAUCGGGGCUGUCUUCCCUAUCCAUAACCUCCCCCCUGCUCCAGACCUGAGCUUCAGCCAACACCCUAACCUGCAGUCCUGUGUCAAUUUCCAGGAGGAACCGUUGAGAUGGAUGCAUGCACUGGUGUUUGCAGUGGAUGAGAUUAACCGUAACCCCUUCCUGCUGCCGGGAGUCCGGCUGGGCUACCGUGUCCUGGACAGCUGUGCAUGGCCAUCAAGCGACUCCCACGUUCCUCUGGUCAUUGGUGAUGCAUCGUCCACUCAGGCCAUCGUCCUGGCCAGGACCCUGGGGCCCCUCUCUGUGCCUGUGAUCAGUUACCAGGCCAGCUGUGGCUGUCUCAGUGACAGACAGGAGUUCCCUAACUUCUUCAGGACCAUCCCCAGUGAUGUCUACCAAGCCCUCACCAUGGCCCGGCUCACCUGGCUCUUGGGAUGGACCUGGGUCGGGGCUAUCGCUGCAGACAAUGACUACGGUCGUCAGGCCGUGUUUGAGGCGGCGGUUCGGGGGACGGGGGUGUGCCUGGCGUUCUUUGAGACCCUCAACCGGGCGAACCUGGUGAGGGAUGUGGAGCGAGCAGCAGACACGGUCCAGGCCUCGACAGCGCGGGUCAUCCUAGUCUUCCUCUGGUACACUGACAUAGGGGCGUUACUCCUGGAGCUGGGGAGGAGAAACGUGACGGACAGGCAGUUCCUGGCCAGUGAGGCAUGGAGCACCAGCGGACAACUGCUACGGAACCCCGCCCUCUUUAACGUCGCUCGGGGCGUCGUGGGUGUGGCUAUCCGUAGUGCACCUAUGCCUGGCUUUGAAGCCCACCUUCGAAGUCUCCACCCCUCUCGUCGCCCCAGAGACGUCCUGUUGAAGGAACUCUGGGAAACGGAGUUUGGGUGUAGCCCUGGAGUAGCACAUGGACACGACACGUCUCUGCUCCCCUCUCCCCUUCCUCCAACCCCCUCGGAGUCACUACCACAUCCCCCUCCUCCCACCUCCAGUACCUCCCGUUUACGCCUGGCCUCCUGCAGUGGGGCAGAGACUCUGGAGAUGGUGCAGAGCCCUUUCACAGACACCUCUCAGCUGAGAAUAACCUAUAAUGUGUAUCUGGCUGUGUAUGCUGCAGCCCACGCCCUCCACAGCCUGCUGUCCUGCCCCCAGAGAGACAGCCCUUCCUGGGGUAACAGCUUCACCUGCUCCCCUCCUUACAAGAUCAGCCCAGCAGAGCUGUUGCAGCACCUGAACCAGGUUAACUUCACCACUCCACUUGGGGAGCCGUUUUACUUCCAGGGCGCGGAUGUCCCUGCUGUCUACGACCUUGUGAACUGGCAGGCCACGCCACAGGGGUUGCUCAAACUUGUCACGAUUGGCCGAGUAGAAGGGUCCAAUAUCCUCAUCGACCAAUCAGCCAUCCAGUGGAACGCAGGAUCUAAUAUGGUGCCUGUGUCAGUGUGCAGUGACAGCUGUUCCCCAGGCACCCGUGUAGCCAGGAAGAAAGGGGAGCCUGUCUGCUGCUUCGACUGCAUCUCCUGUGCUGAGGGAGAGGUCAGCAACACCACAGGCUCUCUACAAUGUGACCGCUGUCCUCUGGAGUUCUGGUCCAACGGCAAUCGGACGGCCUGCAUCCCUCGUCAGCUCGAGUUCCUCUCCUUCAACGACACCAUGGGCGUCACUCUGACCACUGUUGCCGUGUGCGGCGCUGUGGCAACGGCGGCUGUGUUUAUGCUCUUUGUGUACCACCGCCACACUCCUCUGGUGCGGGCCAACAACUCAGAGCUGAGUUUCCUGCUUCUCCUGUCACUCAAGCUCUGCUUCCUGUGUUCGUUGGUGUUCAUUGGGCGUCCCUCGGUGUGGGCGUGUCAGAUCCGCCAGGCGGCGUUUGGGGUCAUCUUUGUGCUCUGUCUCUCCUGCCUCCUUGUCAAGACCAUCGUGGUUCUGGCUGCGUUCCGCUCAGCCAGGCCCGGUGCUGGGCAGCUGAUGAGGUGGUUUGGACCUGUGCAGCAGAGAGGGAGUGUCUUCCUCUUUACCAGUGUUCAGGUGAUCAUCUGCGCCGUGUGGUUGUCGAUAUGUCCUCCCCUGCCUUACCGUGACCUAGGCCUCAAGGGGUCUAAGGUCAUUCUGGAAUGUGAGAUGGGCUCUGUGGCCGGCUUCUCUCUGGUGCUGGGCUACAUCGGCUUGCUGGCCUCUCUCUGUCUCCUCUUAGCCUUCCUGGCCAGGAAACUCCCUGACAACUUCAACGAGGCCAAGUUUAUCACCUUCAGCAUGCUGAUCUUCUGUGCUGUAUGGAUCUCCUUCGUCCCUGCCUACAUCAGCUCUCCUGGGAAGUACGCAGAUGCGGUGGAGAUAUUCGCCAUCUUAGCAUCCAGCUUUGGGCUGCUGUUCUGUCUGUUUGCUCCAAAGUGUUUCAUCAUCCUCCUGAGACCAGAGAGAAACACCAAGAAACACAUGAUGGACAAAUAGAAACCACCAAGAAACACAUGAUGUCCAAUUAGAAACCACC